CUACACCAACGACGUCCUCAUCGUUGCGGGGGACAUAUCAGAUGACAUUGAGGAGCUCAAGUCCACGCUGGCGUUGCUCAAGCGCGUGUUCGCGGUGGUGUUCUUCGUCCCGGGCAACCACGAACUGUGGGUGUUUGGCCACCACGCCAACCGCACGCCUGCCCCGGACGCCUCCGCCGCCUCCGGCUCUAGCCUCGCCUCCUCCGAGGACGCCUCGCUCUCAACAUCAACACCCGUACCACUACGAGUAGAAGUAGCAGAUGCAGCAGGUGGCGUAAUGCCGACUGUUACUGCUUCUUCUGCUCCUGAAACUGCCUCACAGCCGGCAGCAAUCCGGGAAGCAACGCCGCCGCCGCUGCCGCCACCGCCGCCGCCGCCGCCGAGGGACAGUGUGGAGAAGCUGGGGGCGGUUCUGGCGGCGUGUGAGGAGCUGGGGGUGGUGGUGGCGCCGGCGCGGCUGGGCCGGCUGCAGGUGGUGCCGCUGCUGGCGUGGCACCACAAGGCGUUUGACACGGAGCCGGAUAUCCCCGGCAUCCCGCGAGCCAGCGCCAUGACCAUCUCGGACUACGCGCGCUGCAGCUGGCCCGACCUCAUAUGGCAGCAGCAGCAGCAGCAGCAGCGGCAGCAGCAGCUGCAGGAGGAGCAGGCUGCCGGCAGCAGCAGCCGGGGGCACAGCAGCGGAAGCGGCCUUGCAGGCAGGACAGAAAGCUGGGCCGACGGCGGCGGCGGCCAGGGCAGCUGCGAGGUGGCGGCUUGGUUUGACUCGCUCAACGACACGCGGCCGCCGCCGGGAGGCCGCUGGACACGCGAUCUGGCUGGCCGCCUCGCCGUGCCACCCGCUGCAGCCUCGCCAGCUACAGCCUCGCCCGCUACAGCCUCGCCCGCUACAGCCCGGGUUCCGGCCGCUGCCAGUACCACUGCUGCUGCGGCCACGGCAUCUGGGCACGGCGCCGGCGCUGCAGACGCCAGCAUAGUACGAACUGGUGGUGGCGGCAGCGGUGGUGUCGGUGGCGGUGGCGGCGAUGAUGACGUGCUCAGCUUCAGUCACUUCCUGCCGCUGCAGGAGCUGCUGCCGGAGAAGCGCUACCUCACUUUCCCGAACCUGGCCAAGGCGGUCGGCUCCACAUACCUGGGCCGGCGCGUGCGGCGGCUGCGGCCCCACAUGCACAUCUUCGGCCACACGCACUUCGCCUGGGAUGCGGUGCACGACGGCAUCCGCUACGUGCAGGCGCCGCUGGCCUACCCCGCCGAGCGCCGCUUCCGGCUGCGGUCCCUGGUCAUGCAGCAGGAGGGGGCGGCGGGGGCGGCAGUAGCAGCGGGAUCGGACGGCAGCAGCAGCAGCAGCAGUGGCGGUGGCAGUAGCAGUAGCAGCAGCGGUGGUGGCAGUAGCAGGCGGAUAGAGGAUGGUGGCGGUGACGAGGAGGAUGCGGAGGAGGGGGCGACGCAGCGGGGGGCGGCGGCUGGGGCGCGGCGCGGCAGGGAUGAGGCGCCGGACCCGCGCGGCCGGCAGGCGGUGGUGCAGCAGAGCUGCCAGCGCGGAGGUGGCAGCGGCGGCGGCGGGGGUGACAGCGCCAUUGCGCACCCGCGGGACGAGCAGCGCGCAGCGGAGGCGCAGGCGAGGGCAGGGGGCAGCAGUAGCAGUGGCAGUAGCAGUAGCAGUGGCAGUAGCAGCAGCAGUGGCAGUAGCAGCGGCAGUGGCACGGAAGCUGCUGGCGGGCUGGACUCGCCGUGGCCCUCAGGCACGGACCCCGGGGACGCACGCUGGCUGCCACUGUGUGUGUACCGGGCCGAGUAUCGGGUGCGGGUGCGGGUGCAGGGGCGGGGGCGGGUGCGGGUGCGGGGGCCGCCCGCCUCGUCACUAGCAGGUGUUUCAAGCCACGGCAAUAGCAGUAGCAGCGGCGGAAGCAGUAGCAGUAGCAGCGGCGGAAGCAGUAGCUGGAGUGCUGCGGGCGGGGGCCGGGGGCUGGACGCGCCAGCGGCGGUCCUGAUGCUACAGCCCCUCCAAUCCGAGGGCGCCGCCGCUACAAGCAGUAGCAGUAGCAGUAGCAGUAGCAGUAGCAACCCCAGCGGAUCGGCGCCGCCGCCUUCCCCUGGUUCUCAUCCCCUGGCGGCCGCUCAUGCGCUACCACGGACGCAUGCGGGGACGCAACUAUGGGCGGGGGCGCAGGCCGCGGCGCAGCCACAGGCGGCGGAGGCGGUGGAGGUGCUGUCCUGGCGCUCGCAGUGGGCCCCCGAGCAGGCGUGCAUGUGGAGUGGCCACUACAAGCGCAGUCCCAGGACGCCGCACGAGCUACAGCUCGCGCCUUGGGUGGCGGAGCGCUACAGCCGGCGGCGGCGGCGCAACAUCGCCAAGCAGUCGGCGGCGCUGGCUGGCGGCACCAGCAGUAGCAGCGGCGUGGCUGGUGGUGGCGGUGCUGGUGAUGAUGGAGGAAAGGAAUGUGGGGAGGGGGGCACGAGUGUGGCGAGGCAGCCGGUGGGCAUGGGGUUGACGGUGGCGGUGGCGACGGCGACGGCGACGGUGGUGGUGCCGCGGGAGCGGACGGGGUCUUCGGACGACGACGCGACCGGCAGCGAUGGCGGGGAGGCGGAGGUGCUGGCUACCGAGAUGGAGUGAGGGGCGUGAGCCGUGAGGAAAAGCGAGGCGCAUGCAGGAAUGCUGGGUUGCGGUUUCCGGUACGGCAGCGUUGUAUCUGCGAUCCGGUGGUUAGCUGUAAGUGUGAGACUGUAAGAGUCGGUCUUCCAAUGGUCGCUUACGCUGCGCAGUCCGUGGCCCGUGGGGAUGUCUGGAUGGGGACACAGGGGCUGCAGCAGUUGGGCUGCAGACCAGGGCGCAUGGGCCUCCGGCUAGGGGGCGGUAAAUCGGUAAUGCGGGUAGCAUGCAGAGUGGGCAGCCGCGCGGGGCUUUGUUGCCUAAGCCACAGCAAGGAAACUCGAUCCGUUAGGC